UGCAUGUGGUAUGUUGGGGCAUACAUGAAGACUAAAUUCAAUGGUAUGUGGAUGGUUACGUCUUAUGUGGGUCCACACACUUGUAUACCCUUUGGCCUAAAAAGAGAUGGUAGAAUGAUGGAUUCGCAUUUUGUUGCAUCAGAAAUUGUGGGAAAAUUGCAAAAAAAUCACACUACACGUAUUGAUGACCUAUGGGAGAUCAUACGUACUAAGUAUAAUCAUGAGCUUUCUUACUAUAAAGUAUGGGACGCAAAACAAAAGGCAAUUGCUAAGAUAUUUGGGGAUUGGGAGGAGUCUUACCAAAAGUUGCGAAAGUUGUUGUUGGCAUACUUGGAUGAGGACUCAGGUACCCAGUACAGCUAUCACACCAUACCUAGGCCACACGAAGGUACUGCGUUACUACGCUAUGUAUAUUGGGCAUUCACUCCAUGCAUUGCUGCAUUCCAAUAUUGCAGGCCAGUGAUUAGUAUUGACGGGACUCAUCUGUAUGGUAAAUACAAAGGGGUAUUGAUGAUUGCAAUGGCAACCGAUGCUAACCAAAAGGUUUUGCCUCUCGCCUUCGCUGUUGUGGACAAGGAGUCAGGGGCUAGUUGGGGGUGGUUUUUAGAGUGUCUCAGGAUUUCCAUAGAGCAUGUCAUACCUAACGAUGGCAUUUGUAUUAUUUCUGACCGACAUAAAGGUAUUAAAUGUGCCAUUCGAGAGUGGCCUAGACGUGAGGACGGAAGAGAACAGGUAUAUCAUCGAUAUUGCCUUCGACAUGUUGUUAGCAACUUCAACAGACACUUUGAUAACCCGAUUCUAAAGGCAUUGGCCUUGAAAGCUGGAUAUGCGAGUAAUGAAGCUAAAUUUAAGUCCAUAAUGGAAACCAUUAAGGAGGCCGAGAUUAAUUUACUAAGGGGUGUAGACCCUACUGAUACGCGGAUUGAACGUUAUAUGCCGUACACAUAUCUAGUGAGUGAGGAUGUGGAGAAAUGGACCCAGUCACAUGAUGGUGGAAGACGUUACGGGGCAAUGACAACCAAUAUCUCCGAGUGCUUUAAUGGGGUACUUAAAGGUGCCCGCGGUUUGCCCAUUGCUGCAAUGGUUCAUUUCACUUGGUGCAAACUUGUUGCAUAUUUCCACGAUCGACAUAAACAAAUUACUUCUGAUCUCUCUCGAGGUAAGCUGUGGAGUGAUUAUGCAAUGGAGAUCUAUAGCAGAAAUGAGCAGAAAAUUGCAGGACACACUGUGAGGAAUUUUAAUCAUGCAGAGGGUGUAUAUCAGGUGGUUACCCCAUACAAUGACCAUAGAGGUGGAGGGGGAAACCACAGUCAUGAAGUGCGCAUAUUUGCUAGAACAUGUGGUUGCAGAAAGUGGCAAAACUUGAAGAUCCCUUGUUCACAUGCAAUUAAAGUUCUUCAAGAUCUGCAUCUCAAUGCGACCAACUAUAUUGACCCAUGUUACAGUUUGAACAACGCCAUUCUCACAUAUUCACAUAAUUUUGUGGUACCAAAGUCAGAGUCUGAGUGGAGGGACGUUUCCGGACCACGAUGGGUGCCUGACCCACUGCUGUUGCGGGGCACAGGUCGUCCUGUGAAGUCAAGAAUAAGGAAUGAAAUGGAUGGGGUACGGCGAGAACGGGGAAGCCGGAGGGAAGAUCCGGACUUGAGGGAGACUCAACCGAGGCAACGAUGCGGAGUGUGUCAUCAAGAGGGGCAUAACCGUAGAAGUUGUCCCAAUUCCCGUGGGGCAUCGACAAGUGGUACUGCUAUAAACUAGGCAAGCGGAAACUCGAUUUUGCUAAGUGACAUUGUACGUGGGACUUGUGGUUAUCUUCUGUAUGGACAAGUGCUAGGUGACUAUGUAGAGUCUGUUGUAUCAGUAUGGAGAAGUGCUUGGUGACUAUGUAAAGUAUGUUGUAUCAGUAUGGUUUAGUAUGGACAAGUGGUAGGCAAAUAUGGGGACUAUGUUGUAUUUAUUAGUUGUUAUUUUGGUAAUUGUUGAAUGUUGUUGUAAUUGAACUAUUUGCUGUCUAUUGUACUUGUUACUAUAGUUGCGUUGUGCAGCUUUUGCCUCUAAUGCCAGCAAUUAUAUUACGGCUGGCAUUAGUAGCUACUACU